AGUGACAAACCUGAAUAUUUAAUUGUAGAAUGCACAGUAGCGCGAAAUAAAAUUAAUAAAAAUGUGCGGUCGAGCUUGUUGUUCAUUGGAUCCAGACACUUUGUGUUGUGCGUGUGAAUAUAAAGAUGCCAAUGGUAAACAACAGAAAUUGACAUGGGCUAAAACCGAUCUAAAAUAUACUCCAUCAUUUAAUAUGGGACCGCAAGAUGUUUUACCUUGUAUGGUAUCUGGUUCACAUUUUCAAGAGGAAAAAGAAAGAGUUCUUUGCGCUAUGAUAUGGGGAAUGAUUCCACCUUGGCACAAGGGAGAUUACAAGAAACGGUCAGAUAAGUUAUCCACUCACAAUGGUCGUUUGGAGAACAUACAAACAUCAAAAUUAUAUUCUCCAUCAUUGCGAAACCGACAAAGAUGUAUUGUGGUCUGCGAGGGUUUCUAUGAAUGGAAAGCUGGUACAAAUAACAAAUCUUCAAAGCAACCAUAUUACAUAUAUGCAACUCAAGAUAAAGGUGUAAAAGCAGAUGACCCCACAACAUGGAAUAAUGAAUCUUCUGAGCUAGAUGGAUGGAAAGGUUUUAAAGUAUUGAAAUUGGCUGGAAUAUUUGGAACAUUUGAAACUGAAGAGGGAAAAAUCAUACAUAGCUGUACAAUUAUUACACGAGAGAGUAAUAAGGUUUUGUCCUGGUUGCAUCAUCGCAUGCCAGUAUAUCUGCAAAAUGAGGAAGAAUGUCAAGCAUGGCUAAAUAAUAAUUUGCCGACAGAUGUAGUUAUCAAAAGAUUAAACAACAUGAUAUUAGAAGAACAAGCUUUAAACUGGCAUCCAGUAUCCACGGUUGUUAAUAAUGUACUUCAUAAAACUCCUGAUUGCAGGAAAGAAAUAAAACCACAAGAAGAAAAAAAAGAUAAUCAAAAAUCUUUUAUGGCUUCAUGGCUGUUAAAAGGAUCCACUGCUUUAAAUAAAAGAAAAAGUAUAGAUGCUAAUAAAAGUAUAGAUGAAGAAGAUGAAAAAAAGGCUUCAAAAAUUCAAAAGAAAAAUUAAAAUUUGUAUAAAUUGGCAUAUCCAUUUUCAAUUUC